AUGCUAUUAAUCAGUUCGAUGUCAAUUUGUAUAAUAUAUAAACCACCUUACUCUUGUACCCUCUACUACAAAAAUUUAUCUUUCAGAUAUGAUGACUUCAACAUUUAUCCCCGACAUAAAAAACUAACUGACGAAGAGGCACGUAAAGCAGCUGCACAAUUACAAGAAAUACUUAGUCUUCUACCGAAAGGAAAAACAGAGUACACGGCUACGAAAACCGUUGCAUUAGACGUGACAUCACCGGGUCAAGUAAAUCCAGAAAAUGUGAAUAUUAAUAGUUAUGGUGCAACAAAUGACUUGGGACCUUUAGAAUCACUAUCACAUACUGAAUCUAUUACUGCUGCAUAUGGAGCACCUAACAAUAAUCAAUGGCAAAGUAAUCCAUCAGAUAUUUAUAGGCAAAUGGCAAAGAAACAAACACCUGAAGAAAUUUAUUUGCAAAACCACCCAAAUGAGGGUUACGAUUACAAACCGACAGCGCCACCAGCCGAAACUAAUGAUUAUAAAUAUGAUAAUUAUCAUGCUAACACUAAAAAUGCAUUGCAAGACCUAACGCCCAUAAUAGCUGCAUUAGAAGUAGCGAAGAAAACUGGUGGACCAAAUGUAAACACACAUUAUACAAUUGAGAAAAGUGUUGAACGUUUACCGGGCACAACAAGUGGACAGUUUAAGUACUUCUCUAAUCCCGUUGUGCAAACCUCAAAAUACACUUACUUUAAUCCAGCACAACAUAAUGGCGAUGUGAACUACCGUCCAGUAUAUAAUUCUGGACUGAAAGUGAGACGCCAUGUAGGGCAACCGACGAUGAAAAUCAGACGUAACGGUACCAUUUUAAAUUUAAGAGAUUUUGAAAUACAGAAUCCGUUGGAAUUUAAUCGCAUGUUAAAUGUGUGA